AUGUUCUUAACACUCUUGGUCAUCGUCUCGACCUUGUUUACCGUCCUAUUGCUCCUCCUGCCUUCUCGGCGUGAUCCAAGCGAACAACAACACACUAUACAAGUUGUUGUCCUUGGUGACCUAGGCCGAAGUCCGCGCAUGCAAUAUCAUGCCUUGAGCAUUGCAAAACAUGGUGGCCACGUUCAGCUGAUCGGCUAUAGAGAGACCGAACCUUUACCCGAACUACUCGUCCAUCCCAAUGUCAGAAUCAUAGCUCUUCCGCCUGCUCCUCGGUGGCUACAAACAAGUCACAAGCUCUUGUUCCUCUUGUGUGGGCCGGCAAAAGUGCUGCUACAAGCUUGGACUCUAUGGCGAACAUUAAGUUAUGUUGCCCUGGCCUCGGAAUGGAUGCUUGUCCAGAACCCACCAUCCAUUCCUACUCUUUUGAUUACGUCGAUCAUCUGCUUCUUCCGGCGGACCAGGUUGGUUGUGGACUGGCACAACUUUGGAUACUCCAUUCUCGCCCUCAAACUAGGCACAGAUCAUCCCUUGGUCACGCUUUUAAAGCGUUAUGAGACUAUUCUUGCAAAGGCCGCCAAUGCGAACUUCACCGUUACAGAUGCCAUGGCCAGUGUUCUGAGAUUGGAUUUCGGGCUCGCGACACCUGUACUCACCCUGCAUGACCGACCGGCAAGCUUAUAUCAACCUUUAUCAUUGUCAGAACGGGUCGCUUUUUUGCAAAGGUACCCACUGCUAGCGAAGCACUUCAAUGCCAUAGUGGAGAAGAAGACGAGACUGGUUGUGUCUUCAACGUCCUGGACGGCUGACGAGGACUUUGGGCUGUUUCUGGAUGCUCUCUGUCUCUACUCCUCCAGUGCCACCUCUUCUCAUCCCCAGCUUCCAGAGCUUGCCGUUGUGAUCACGGGUAAGGGGCCACAAAAGGAGCACUAUCUUGAAAGGAUCCGAGAACUGCGGCGGGGAGACACUUUAGAAAUGGUGAGCAUUUAUACCGACUGGCUCAGUUUCGAGGACUAUGCCCUCCUGUUAGGAUCCGCGGACUUGGGCGUUUCUUUGCAUACCAGUAGCAGCGGAGUUGAUCUUCCUAUGAAAGUUGUCGAUAUGUUUGGUGCUGCAUUGCCCGUCGCCGGUUGGGACAAAUAUGCAGCAUGGCCUGAGCUGGUCACGGAAAAUGUCAACGGCCGAGGUUUCGGCAGUGCAGAGGGCCUGGCUGAUAUUCUCCGCCAACUGUUCGAUCCCGCCUCCAAGCAACUCGAAGAUCUGAAGGAUGGUGCCAGAGCAGAAAGCAAACGCCGAUGGAGUACCGAAUGGGAUCCUGUUGCUGGCAGGCUCUUCGGACUAGUAACUUAA